AUGGGUGAUAAUAAAUGCAAGAGAUGUAAGAAGAGUGUUACUACAGGACUAACAUGUGUUAUUUGUGGAGUUGUAUCGCAUCCUAGUUGCUUAAAAUCUGUAAAACAUGCUGUAAUAAUUGAUGAUAACACAUGUAAUUGUUGCUCAGAUAAUUCCAGCGAACAAAUACCACCAUCUGUAAGUCAUAAGCCAUCAUAUUCAAUUUCUGAAUUAGAAAUGAAAGUAAAAUUUCUUGAAGAGAUUAUAAGAAACAAAGAUAUGAUUGUAUACAAUCAAGAAAUUGCUAUUAGGUCGUUACAAAGCCAAGUUGAUUUUCUGAAACAAGGAUCUAUUGUGGACACGUCCACAAAAAUAAAUAAAGCGGAAUCUCAGCCAACCGUUUUUUAUCAAAAUAAUCGUAACACGGCAAUUCACGAACCUCAAGGAAAUUCAUCAAAACCUGCUUUCACCAGCACGGUAGUAUCGUCCGCUAUUGCCAAUGCUCACGCAUCAAAUACAUGCCAUAAUUUAAUUCAUAUGAACAGAGACUCCACCUCUCAAAGCGAGUUUUACAAUCUUAAAGCUAGAAAACCAACAAAAAAAUUGUUGACCGGAAAUAUGAAUGCUGACUCAAGUUUUAACCUAAAGGCAUCAAUCACACAAGAAAUGAAAUAUCUGCACUCUACUAAGUGGGAUCCCAACACCGUGGAAGAUGAACUGUCAAAAUAUCUGCAAAUAAGUGGCCAUUCUCUUAGAGUUGAUACCAUCAUUUUGUUCAAACGAGUCAACAGAACUAUAAACCAUAUGUCCUGA